UGCGCAUAAAUCCCUACUGCUGCUUCUCCCUGCCGAUGUAGAAUUACGUGAAAGCCGAUUCUCUGUGUUUGCAGAUAUUUCUGUCCCACUGUGCACAUAUAAACUGUGUAUAUGUACGUAUACACUAGCCGAUAACACUAUAUACUACACUUCAUGGAGGAGAACGUUCAGAAAGACAUUCGGAGAACCAUAGGAUUCAGUUGAGCGUAGGCAGCGCAGUGAUCAACUUACUUCUUCUGAGACAUGUGCACACGUGUAUGAGGAAACAUCUCCGUCUAAUACAUUCAACAGUCGGUUAGUCAUUGUCGUUAACAUACAUAUAUACGUAUGUACUUUCGUAUAUAUAUAUAUAUAUUUCCUGCUCGCCGAUUAAUAUAUAAUAGCAACUAUGCGCGAGAGCACAACCAUCAAAUUGUUGGGCUCCGAAACUUCCGAAUGUGUUUUUUCAAAUAACCGAAAAAGGAGAACGACGAUAGCGGUGAAUUGACGGCAGUCCGCCGAAGAUGCCAUAAUCCUGCGAAUGCGGAAUGCCGAGAGAGGAAUAAUUUUUAUGAAACAACGAUAACAACAUACCGACAAUCAUCAUGUUCUAUCCGCAGAGAGUAAUGCGACAGAUCUCGGAAGUAUCCUACGUGGGGAGCUUCAAAUUGAUAAGAAUGGCAACUAAUCGAGAGGGUGAGACUGCAGUGACUAUCCCGCUACAAUAUAAUGAAGCUCAUUGGAAAGCCAUCUUUGAAAGAUAUGAUCUUGAUGGUGAUGGAAAAAUUUCUCUUCAAGAACUGAAGGAGAUGAUACGUGGGCCAGAUUUUUCUAAUGAUAUUCCUGCUGGGGUAGUACGCACAAUAAUGCGCAAGGCAGACCUGGAUGAUUCCGGUUUCUUGGAAUAUCCUGAAUUUAUAGCAAUGAUUCACCGGAAGGAUAUGCAAGGCAUAUUCGGACACUUUGUGCAGCGAUAUGUUCAGUCUGUGAUACCCCAACGGCCAAGUCGCACAAUGAGACAGACCUCUGUGGGCUCUAGGUAUUACCCUCAGCGACAAUUCAGUAUUGUAAUGCAUGCCCCUUCAAGUUUUGGCGAUUCCCAGACCUUUCAGCAGCAAACUAGCACAAUAACGGAAUCUUCUCUGCGAUCUAGCGAUUAUCCGGAUGGGCUGUACGAAGAUGAGUACAGCUGUCGACCGCCGGCCGUAGCGAUGAUAAUCAUAUCAAUAGUAGAAAUCAUGUUGUUCAUGUAUGAUGUGAUUAAGCACAAAUCUCUUUCUGUAGAAGGACCAGCAGCUACAUUAUUUAUUUAUAAUCCGCACAAGAGGUACCAAGCAUGGCGUUAUCUAACGUAUAUGUUCGUACAUGUAGGAGUUUUCCAUUUGGUCGUUAACCUACUGGUGCAAAUUAUGUUGGGUAUUCCUCUAGAGAUGGUGCACAAAUGGUGGAGAGUACUGAUUAUAUACAUAGCCGGAGUGGUAGCUGGUUCGCUUGGCACUUCCGUCUCUGAUCCGACAGUUUACUUGGCCGGUGCGUCAGGUGGAGUGUAUGCUUUGAUUACCGCGCACGUGGCGACAAUUAUAAUGAAUUGGUCACAAAUGGAAUUUGCCGUCCUGCAGUUGUUAGUGUUCCUUAUAGUCACGAGUGUCGAUAUCGGUCAAGCCGUAUGGAAUCGUUACGUUCUAGACACCAACGACCAGGUCGGCUAUGUAGCUCACUUGGCCGGUGCUAUAGCGGGACUUCUGGUGGGUAUAAACGUGCUCCGAAAUCUCGAGGUGAAGACUUGGGAGAAAGUUAUCUGGUGGGCUAGCAUGUUCACUUACACUGGUCUCAUGACCGCGGCUAUUUUGUGGAACAUAUUAUAUACAUCGUAUUACGAAUCAUGAUCAAGAUUUAUCGACACUUGCUGCUCGAGACUCACUCGCCAUCGAUAUGGUAGGACCAAAUGAAUCGUCGCUGAUAAAGCGAGAGACAAAGAAUUAGUAUCAAAAAAGAGACUUUAAUUAUAUAUGCACUAUAUAUUUCGCGUUUAACGUGAAAAAUUUACUUUAAAAUAGUAUAUUUUUCAUACGAAUAUUAUUGUGAAGAGAUGAGAUUUUUGUAAGAUUACAUCGAUAUCGUUAUAUGUAUAUGUAUAUAAAUAAUAUUAAACAAUGCAGUAUUUUUUAAGUACCGUUGUUGAGAAAGCAAAUAGUAGAACAUCGUAUUCUGUGAUACUUUUGCUAUGUUGGUUGCCAGUUUGACGAAUUGCAAAUGAUAAAACUAAGCUAGAAAUAUUAAUUUCUACCUUAAGAUUAUUGUUUCCUAUUGUUUGAAAAUAUGAAGAAUACUACCUCUCUGUUAAUACGCAUCAUCAUACGACGUACAAGCACAAAAUUUUAUUUAUAUUUCCAACAAAAUGCAUAAAAACUACAGCAUGAAAGAAGAAAAGAAUUGCAACAUACCUCAUAAUUAAAAUUCCUGUUUUCUUUUUACCGUGGCUAUUUUGAUUAAUGACGUCAGAAAUGCAAAAAAAUUCAUUUAAAGCUCUUGCAAAAUAUAUAUUGAAAUAAAAAGAUACAUUCAUGAAGUGUCAUUUGUGUGCAAUGAACAGUCGUGAAUGUAAUAUGUGACAUACUUUUUAAUUACGAAAUUUAGUCAUGUUGAUUUUAUGAACAAAAAUUCUAAACAUGUAUGGUUUUCACUUUUGACGUCAUGAAUCAAAAUAACGAGAAAUCAGGCGUUACAACUAAAAGCUGUUGUUAUAAGAGCUUAUGUUAAAUAAAAAAAUAUGUAUAUAA